GAUUAAAGGGCGGUAACUCUUAUUCGAAUCAUGUUUGCAGCUGCCUUGGUACGCAUUAGUCGACUGAGGCUAAGUACUACACAGACAACAUGGCGUACGAAAAACCAAUUCCAGACCACAGGAGGAAAUGGGAUCGAGAUGAAUACGAGAAGAUUGCAGCAGAACGUCUUUUGGCAAAAGAGCUAGACGAUGAAGAUGACGAAGUGCCAGUCAAGAGGGAGCUUCUCAAGCCAAGAGAGUACAAGGUUGAUCUUGAUUCCAAACUUGGCAAGUCCACAGUCAUCACAAAAACAACUCCAGCAUCGCAACAAGGAGGGUACUACUGCAAUGUAUGUGAUUGUGUUGUCAAAGAUUCCAUUAAUUUCUUGGAUCACAUCAAUGGAAAGAAACAUCAACGUAACUUGGGGAUGUCCAUGCGGAUUGAAAGAUCCUCCCUGGACCAAGUCAAGCAGAGGUUUGAGAUGAAUAAGAAGAAAAAAGAGGAAAAGAAGAAAGAAUAUGACUUUGAAGAGAGAAUGAAGGAACUGAAAGAGGAGGAGGAGAAGCAGAAAGCCUACCGCCGAGAAAAAAGUAAGAACAGGAAACGGAAGCUGGACCCUGAAGAUGAGGAACUCAACACAAAUAUUGAUCCAGAUAUGGCAGCAGUCAUGGGCUUCUCAGGCUUCGGGACAUCAAAGAAAUGAGAUAGAAUACCACUAUUAAGGACUUGUUUGCAGAAUGCUAGACAGCAUCACAGUGAGUGUGGAGACUGCACACUGGGACAAUCUCGACAACUUAUAAGUGCCACUACUAUUCAUCAUCACAAUUGUCACAGAUGAAUACAACAUAACUGAAUGACAGUAUUUAUUCAACAUCUUGGUUUAUGUUCCAAGUGCUGUAUAAAUGUUUCUUUUUGUAUCCAUCAUCAUUUGUAAAUAACAUUAUCAUGUGUUUGGUUGUACACACAGUUUCAUGGACAUUGAUGUUUGUUGUGUCAUUAAAGUAAAACAUCUUUAUGAUAAUGUUUCUUACAAAACAUGUAUUUCUAUUUAUCAGUCAGCAUUUCCAUUGAUUUGUAGAAGUGUAACUAAGAAUUUUUCAGGUGGGGAGCAGUUUGGUUUGUACUUAACUGUUAUAACUACGUUUGUGUUAAUUGAAUACAUUACUGAUGAAACAUUGAUAUUUGAGGAUAUGAUAAUGAAUUGAAAUUGGAAGUUUGUUAGCUUUAAGAUUAGUGCAAUACUGGUACGAUAUUGGUCCAUUAUGUCUAUUAUAGACACCCGAGGUACUCACAUUAUUUGUAAUGGUAUGUUUAUGACAUGGAUGUAUGGGCAAUUUAUGUCUGACAGUAUCCUAGUCAGUGACUACAUAUACAUCAGUAAUACGUCACCAUGCUAUUCCAUUGGCAUGAGCAUCUUUCUAGAGUGGGAGAGGAGAUGGUUUAAUACUAUCUCAACUAUAAUCAUGUGUCAUGUGGCUGCCACAUCAGUGUGUACAUUGUAUAACAGAUUAAAUCUAAGUUUCAAACUUG